AUAAUAUUAACUAAACAAUAAAAUAUUAUAAAAAUUGUAACUAGUUAUAAACUGAACAUUGUUUAAUUUUAAAUUAUAAUGCUACCUAAAUUGUAUAUAAUGUUAAUUGUAUUUGUACUAGUUUUAGUGUAUAGUGUGCGUGCUAAUAAUCAUGACCACGUAUUUAAACAGGGUAAUGCACUCCAUUUUAAGCACCACCUUGCUCACGAUUGCAUGGAAAAAGUGCGCCACAAAGUUGUCAACUGUAUUAGGGAUAGUGGGCUCACAUUUGAUGAGACGGACAGACAACAGGCUUGUUGUUACCUAUGGAUUGCACAGGACUGUGCCCGACAGGAGGCCAAGCACACGUGUACAUCAUUAGAGAAAAGGGCGGUCGAGGAGAACGUGUGGAACAAUAUUCACAGAUAUAAUGAAGACUAUUGUGAUCUUUACCACUACCACAAGAUCACGUGUAGUAACGCCCCCACAAUGAUCACCCUGUCCAUUUGGGCUGUUUGGCUAUCACUCAGUGUCUUACUUAUCAUUAAAUUCUUUUAAUAUACAAUAUUAUUUUUAAAAUGCAAAUUUAUAACAAAAAUAAAUAAUAAAUAUUAUUUUUAUUUUAAGAACUUAAUAAAAAAUAUGUUAAAUAUAAAA